UAUAAAUCCUUUUUUCUCAAUGACAAUUAAACCCAAACCAAAUUAAAAAAAAGAGAGAGGAGGAAAUAACCCGAAGUUAGAAACCCUAAAACUAAAAGCGAUUUUGGAUCUGGAAAGGCGAAGCUGAGGGUGAACCAUGAGCGGCGAUACUAGUGAUUCCUCCAGUUACUUUGAUGGGCGAGAGCCAGAUGAACUGAUCAGGGCCCUCGUCCAGAAAUGGUCGGAUACCGAUGGUAAAAUGACGCUCGGUUUGCGCUUUAUUGAUCUGGAAAGGAAUAAAGUCUUUAUUAAGGCGAUGCCACCUGAUGCUCCUUCAGGUUCCACUGACGUUUCCUGUGGCAACCACGUUUACGUUAUUGGGGGAAUGCGCGAAAAUGAUGCUAAUUUUCGUGGUUAUGAUGGAGUAAACGAUGUUUUCCAAUUAGAUUUGAAGGACCUUGAACGUGGGUGGAGAAAAACUACUUCUAUGUUGUUCCCUCGGGCUUUUCCCCUGGUUCUUGCUGCUGAAGGAAAGAUAUACGUCUUCGAAUAUUGGGGUUCUGAAUCUUUUGGCGAGGUUUACGAUAUAAGUGGGGAUUUUUGGGAACCAUUGUCGCCCCCUCCGGAAGCUAUCGAUAUAUGUGUUCCUGUUCUAGAUUCUUCCCGAUCUCGGAUUUUGGUGCACUGCCAUGCCAGUGAUAUUCUUUACGCUUAUUACUAUGAUCGUAAAUCAUGGGUUUGCCUCGACAAAAAUUUUGUUACUGGUCUGACACAGCGACAAUCGUGGACGAUGUGCUGUAUACUGUCCUUGAUAAUUAUUCUUGUUCUUUGGAGGCGUAUAAUUUGCUUGAUAAGAAACAUUUUCCCGUCAAAUGGUCAUCGGCAGUUCCAGUGACUCCACCACAGGGUUGCACUCUGUAUCGUUUGGGCAGUGGCAAGCUUAUUUUGGGUUGGGUCAACCAUCUCCAUACUUUUGAGUAUAUAAGAUUUAAUAUUUGGUGCAACGAGCAGGGAGGGAUUCAUGUAGCUGCAGAGCAUCAAUCUGCCAUCACUGUUCCAUAUCCCAAAGAUAUUUGUAAUUUAUGGUUCUUCUGAAUGAAGGUUAGAGCCCCCUUCAUAUCACUACUACAUCAUAAUUAUUCAUUUGCCAAUGCUGCUUGCCAUUACAUUUGGUUUGCUCUAAAUGAAGGGCUCAUUUGGUGCCUGUUGAUGUGGUCUGCUGAUGGAUAUGUGCCUCAGCUGGAACGUGUUGGUGCAUGGAGUUGAGUCAAGACCCAUGUUGAUGGUGAAGAGAGACUUUGAAGAUGCCGUCAAUUAUUUUGGUUAAAACUUUGAAGUUGUUGAUGUAAUUGGAUGCUUUCUUUUUGGAUACCGAAAUAUUGACAUAGUUAAAACUAUAUAGUAUUGUGAUUUUGCACUUUAUUCAGUUCUCUUAAGGCCAUCUUUCUUGCCCUUCAAAUAA